AUGGCCUCACUGGAAGCAAUGCGGAACAACAUGGUGAAAGUUGGAGUAGAUGCCUGCCACAAGAUUUUGCUUAUGGAAGGCCUCAUGGACUGUCGAUCUUUGUUUCUUACCGGCAACACGGACACAGUUUAUGCCAUGGGACUCAUGGAUCUCAAUCGCGACGGGCCGACCGUCAUCGAGGUUCCAGCCGGAGCAGGUCCUGGCCUGGUCAACGACGCCUUUUUUCGCUAUGUCGGCGACAUGGGUGCUCCAGGGCCCGAUCGAGGUGCAGGGGGGAAGUAUCUCUACCUGCCACCGGGCUAUGACGGCGCAGUCCCGGAGGGCUACUUCGUCGCGAAAUCGACUUCCUUCACGAACUGGAUUGCGCUCAGAGGCUUUCUAAAGGAUGGCAAGCCUGACCAUGCUGCUCAGAUGUGGCGCGAGGGGUUAAAGGUGUAUCCUCUGUCCAAAGCCAGCAGCCCUCCAAAGACCGAGGUGUUCAACAGCACAGGCAAGAUUUUCAACACGAUCCACUCGAACGACUUUGAGUUUUACGAGGAGCUGAACACUGUGAUUCAGUACGAGCCGGUAGACUUCCUGGAUCCAGAGCUCCGUGGAAACCUCACGGCCAUCGGCAUUAUGAAAGGGAGGCCUUUCAAGCCGGACCAACGGAUGAAAUCCUUGCUCACAGAAGCGGCCGCGAUUGGCAACGCAACCUCCCGUGCUCUGUCCUUCGCUCCUCGUUCAAAAACUGCUCGGAUCUAUGAUGAAAGCAGCGAGUGGGUGACGGCUUUCGAUGGGGGCGACUACCGCUGGCUGGUGGAGGAUGGAGCUGGGGGCCGGAAUGCAGAUGCGAGGACGCGCUUCUUUUAUUUCGCGACAGGCAACACCCCGGCAAUGGUCAUGAAGAUGGUGGAUCGCGGGUCGCAAUAUGCGUUGGUCUGCAAGGAUGCCAAGCACCGAUAUUUGGACGGAGCGAAGGUCUACAGCCUAAAGCUGCCGCCCAACGUGCCCGUUAAGGACUUCUGGUCCGUGGUCGUCUACGACACGCAGACGCGUUCCAUGUUAAAGACCAGUCAGCUCUUCCCCUGCCGAAACUCUAAAAGCCACACCGACAUGAAGCAGAACCCGGAUGGCUCCACGACGAUCUGGUUUGCACCUUCUGCGCCAGCGGGAUGCGAAGGGAACUGGAUUCAAACGGUGGCCGGAAAGAUGUGGUGGGGCUGCCUCCGCCUCUACGGACCCGGUCAGGCUUGGUUCGAUCAGACCUGGCGCCCUGGAGAGGUGCAUGAAGUUGAGCCUGCCACGGCUGGAUAUGCUUGA